AUGGCCACUGCAGAGAAUGUCACUGCAGUUGCACCUGAUUCGUUUGAAGCUGACCCUUUUAUGCAUAUAAAUGGUGUGGAAUUUGUUGCAACGAGUGCAACCCCUACACAAGACCCGACAUCGCCGCAACUGCAGAAUGUUUCUAUAGAUGAGUUAUUUCGUGCAAUUGAAGACUUGAGGAGAGAUGUGAAGGAGCUAGGAGAGCUAAAGAAGUCUAUGGAAGAACUAACCAAGACUUCUGGCAACAUAGAGAGAUCACUCAAGGUGAUGUUGUUUAAGCUGUACCAUAAUGAAGAUAAGUGCAAAGACCAUGAUGAGUACAACACAAACCUUGAGUAACUGUUACUGCAACCAUACAU